AUGUCGGUAUCGGGAAAACACACUGCCAUCGACGCAGCCUCGCCACCUGUUGCUGCCGGAAAAAACACCACCACUACCACCACUACCACCACUGGUCAGCAGCAAGAACGACUCAACGCUUUACGCGAAGAACAUGGAGCCACGUGGGAUUCCCCCGAGGACCCUCAUGAUCCCUAUAACUGGUCGUCCGGCCGCAAGAUCUUGGUUGCACUGAUAGUCUCCUUGGGUCAACUGGUCACGCUGAUGUCCACCAGCAUGAUGGCUGCUGCAUUGACCACGAUCGGGGUCGACAUCCACCUGGGCAGCUCUGCCACCCAGAUCGCCUUCUCCAUAUUCAUCCUCGGCCUGGCCUUUGCCCCGUUCUUGAUCGCAGCCCUGUCCGAAAUGUACGGGAGGCGACCUAUCUGGAUUGCCAGUAAUCUGUGGUAUAUCCUGUGGAACGCCCUGUGUCCGGUCGGUCACUCGGCAGGGCUGAUGAUUGUCGGCCGAUUUAUGGCUGGAUCAGGAGCCAGUGCCGGGAUUACCUUGACCGGCCCCAUUCUGGCUGACAUGUACCGCGCCGAAUACCGUGGCCGCUCUCUCGCCGUGGCAACCUUUAUACCCUAUCUGGGACCGGCCCUGGGUCCGAUCCUGGGCGGUGUAAUCGCUCAGCACCUGCAAUGGGGGUGGCUAUUCUGGAUCCUGUCCAUGUUCGAUGCUGUCAUCCUCGUGGUGGGGUGCUUCUUGCUGCCCGAAUGCUAUACUCCCCCUCUCCUCCGUCACAAGGCUGCGGUCGAACACCAAAUCUCAACCUCCGCCCUGAGCAACACCUUCUACCGGGAUCUGGCCAGCCAGCUCGGUCCCAGCCUGAUCCGGCCGCUGCGGCUGUUAGUGUACCGGCCGGCCAUCCAGGUGAUAGCGAUCGUGAUGGCGUUCAACUUUGCCAUCUACUGCCUGAUGCUCUCGACCUACGCCGAUCUGUGGAGGAAACAGUACGGCGAAUCACCCACGAUCAGUAGUCUCAAUUAUAUCGCUAUCGCUAUCGGCACAGUCGGGGCGUCGCAGGUGGGCGGUCACCUGAUGGACUGGAUCUACCGCGUCCUCCGCGACCGAGCCAACGGACAAACCAGUCCGGAAUUUCGAGCCCCCUUUCUCGUACCGGCCGUGCUGCUGGCCCCCACUGGCCUCUUCCUGUACGGCUGGUCAGCUGAGAAGCACCUCUCGUGGGUGGCUGUCGACGUGGGCACGGCAUUGUUCACCUGCGGCAGUUUUAUGCUGACGCAGGGCAUACUGGCGUAUUUGCUGGAUGAGUUCAAGCAUGCGGCAUCGGCAAAUGCGGCGGCGCGCAUGUUGUCCAACAUUCUGGGGUUCGUGUUUCCCAUCUUUGCGCCGCAGAUGUAUCAGCGGUUGGGAUAUGGAUGGGGGAAUAGCGUGUUGGGGUUUGUGUUUUUGGUGGUGGGCGACCCUCUUCCGGUGGUGUUGUGGGUCUACGGAGGGAGACUGAGAGCAUAUGGCCGAAAGCCAUAG